AUGGGCUGGAUUGACCGGGUGGUGCCCCAGCCCCCGGCGCCCCAUGUGACAGAGGAGACCCCUGUGCAGGAGCUGGAGCCAGCCAAGGUACCAACAGGAAAGGCUGGUGGCCCCACAGAUGCUGCUGACCGGGCACGCACUGAGGAAACGGAAAAGAAAGUGACCUUUGUGGUCUCUGAGGACUCAGGUUCUGUGUUCGACAGUGUGGGGAGUAGUGUGCUCUCCUGGCUCUCCUACGGGCUGGAGAAGGUGAUUCCCCAGCCAGCCCCAGCCCCAGGGCUGCAGGCACUCGGGAAGAGCUUCGAGACAAGCAUCGACAUUGCUGAUGAGACAGAGGUCCAGGUCCUUGGGGAUGAGGACGACGAUGGUCUGGAGAUAACUCCCUUCGAUCCCGAGGAGGAUGUCUCCGAGGACGAGCCGGAGACCGCCCCGGAGCAGUGGGCAGGACAGCGGGUGCUCAGCUGGCUGUCACAGGGCUUCGAGAGGAUUUUACCGCAACCAGAGGGGGUGAAAAAGCCGGAGACAGAGCCGAAGGAGAAGAGCGAAGGCGCGGUGGAAGGCACAAAAGAGACUAAAACCCAGGAGAAGCCAAAAUCCAGCUCUUCAGCCCCACAGAGCGCCCCAGCGGCAGAGAAGGGGCAGCCGGAGGCGGUGACCGCCCUGAGCCCUCGGUCCCUGGCUGGGGACAGCGCCAGGAUGUUCAGCUGGUUUGUCCAGGGGCUGGAGAAGGUGAUGCCACAGCCGGUGACCAGGGAGAAGCAGGACACACAGGAGAAGAAAGAAGAGGAGGAGGAAGAUAAGAAGAAAGAGGAAGAGGAGAGGAAGAAAGAGGAGGAGGAAAUGAAGCAAGAGGAGGAGCACAGGAAAAAAGAGGAAGAGGAGAGGAAGAAAGAGGAGGAGGAAAUGAAGCAAGAGGAGGAGCACAGGAAAAAGGAGGAAGAGGAGAGGAAGAAAGAGGAGGAGGAAAUGAAGCAAGAAGAAGAGCACAGGAAAAAAGAGGAAGAGGAGAGGAAAAAAGAGAAGAAGAGGAUAAAAGAGGAGGAGGAGAUGAAGCAAGAGGAGGAGGACAGGAAAAAGAAGGAAGAGGAGAGGAUAAAAGAGGAGGAGGAGAGGAUAAAAAAGGAAGAGGAGGACAGGAAAAAGGAAGAAGAGGAGAGGAAGCAAGAGGAAGAGCUGCCUUGUCCCCCUGCUGAUAAGGGCGUGGAUGAAGCCUACCUUGUUGAGGAGACCCUCAGGGUUGAGCAGCUGGAAGAGGUUGAGAUAAGUAAUCUGGAAGGUGCUCCUGUGCAGGUGGAAGAGGAGACAGCUGAAGCUGCUGAAACUGAUGCUGAAGGUACAACCUGUAGCAGUAUGAUGCCAAACUGGGAUGAAGUGAAGCAGGGGAUGCAGUGCCUGCAGGCUCCUAGCAGCAUGGCCAGGCGGGCCUGGGACGUCGAGCUGGACCAGCUGGUGCAUGACAAGCCCCUGGCUGGCAGGGACCCCUCCCCUCCCGGCCACGGGGCUCUAGAGCAGCUCCCCAAUGUCCCCAGCUACAGAGCUGCCACCUGCACCCCCGUCCUUGUCACCAGCACGCCCAAGGCUGGAGUUGUCAACCCCAAUUUUUGCACUGAGGAGCAAUCCCCACUAGGUAAUUGCCCCACGGUGGAGAUCAAGGAUGUGGACAGUGCUGUGGAGAUCCACGGUAGCCCUGUGCUGGUGCCUGCUGCUCCCAACCUGCUGGCCGUGCCCGGUGCAGCAUCCCCCAGGAGGAAGAGACUGCUCCCAGAGGAUGGACUGGACAUGGGGAGCCAAUCCCCCAGCAGAGUGCUGGGCUGGCAUCAGGAGCAGAAGGAAAGCCUGCCCGAGCGCGUGGGCUCGGCCACGAGCCUGAGCAGCGCCGUCAUCAACAGCCGGCUGCAGGAGCUGGUCAGGCUCUUCAAGGAGAGGACUGAGAAGGUGAAGGAGAAGCUGAUUGACUCUGAUGUCACCUCAGAUGAUGAGAGCCCUGUGACAUCUCCCGCCAAGCCAGCACCUGCAGCAGCACCACUGCCUGCCCCAGGAGGGGAGCUGGAGGGGGACAAACCAUCGAGGGAUGACCAUUACUGUGAGAUGCUGUGCUGCACAUUCAAGCGCCAGCCCUGGCUGGACCGCCUGAAAAGCUACAAAUUCCCCAGGAGCAUCGACCCCCUCACCAAUCUGAUGUAUGUGCUGUGGCUGUUCUUCGUUGUCAUGGCCUGGAACUGGAACUGCUGGCUGAUCCCUGUCCGCUGGGCUUUCCCCUACCAGACUCCAGCAAACAUCCACUACUGGCUGCUGGUGGACUACCUCUGUGACCUCAUUUACCUGCUGGACAUCCUCAUCUUCCAGACCCGGCUGCAGUUCGUGCAGGGGGGAGACAUCAUUACUGACAAAAAGGCCAUGAAAGAAAACUACCUGCGAUCGCAGCGCUUCAAGAUGGACGUGCUGUGCCUGAUGCCCCUGGAUUUCUUCUACUUCAAAGUGGGUGUCAACCCCCUCCUGCGCUUCCCUCGCUGUCUGAAGUACAUGGCCUUCUUCGAGUUCAACAACCGCCUGGAGGCCAUCCUGACCAAGGCAUACAUCUACAGAGUGAUUCGCACCACUGCCUACUUACUGUACAGCCUGCAUGUGAACUCCUGCCUCUACUACUGGGCCUCAGCCUACGAAGGACUGGGCUCCACCACCUGGGUCUAUGAUGGGGAAGGAAACAGCUACAUCCGCUGUUACUACUGGGCAGUGAAAACCCUCAUCACCAUCGGGGGCCUGCCAGACCCCAAGACCCUGUUUGAGAUUGUCUUCCAGCUGCUGAACUACUUCACAGGAGUCUUUGCUUUCUCUGUCAUGAUAGGGCAGAUGAGAGACGUGGUUGGUGCUGCUACUGCAGGGCAAACUUACUACCGGAGCUGCAUGGACAGCACCAUUAAAUACAUGAACUUCUACAAGAUCCCCAGAACUGUUCAGAACCGGGUGAAGACGUGGUAUGAGUACACAUGGCACUCUCAGGGCAUGCUAGAUGAGUCAGAGCUGCUGGUGCAGCUGCCAGACAAGAUGAGGCUGGACAUCGCCAUCGACGUGAACUACAACAUCGUGAGCAAAGUGGCCCUUUUCCAGGGCUGUGACAGACAGAUGAUCUUUGACAUGCUGAAGCGGCUCAGAUCAGUGGUCUACCUGCCCAACGACUACGUGUGCAAGAAGGGAGAAAUAGGCCGUGAGAUGUACAUCAUCCAGGCAGGACAAGUGCAGGUGCUGGGGGGACCCGAUGGCAAAUCCGUGCUGGUGACUCUGAAAGCUGGAUCUGUCUUUGGGGAAAUCAGUUUGCUGGCAGCAGGGGGUGGAAAUCGCCGGACGGCAAACGUGGUGGCACACGGCUUUGCCAACCUUUUUAUUUUGGAGAAGAAGGAUUUGAACGAGAUCUUGGUGCAUUACCCGGAGUCUCAGAAGCUGCUGCGGAAGAAAGCCAAGAAAAUGCUGAAAAGCAACAACAAACCCAAAGAUGAGAAAGGAGGCCCCGGAGAUGCACUGAUCAUCCCCCCAAGAGCUGACACCCCAAAGCUGUUCAAGGCUGCCCUGGCUGCCACGGGCAGGACGGGGGGCAAGGGGCCCCUGGGGCGGCUCCGCUGGAGGCUGAAGGAGCUGAGGGCCAUGCAGGAGGCACAGGGUUCCAGUGUCAGCCCAACCCCACCAAAAUCACCCGUGCACCAGAGAUCACCUGUCACAUCUCGCAAAGCACAAACCCGCCUGGGAGAAGAAAUAUCCUCAGAAUCUUCUGAUCAUUCAGUCACCAUUCGUGUGAUUCCCACAGCAAAAGAAGACGAGGAAAUCCUUGCUGCUGAGAUUUCAGAGAAAGAUGAAAAAGAAGAGAAAUGA